GCUACGGUGUUCGUUUAAUAUUGGAUAGAUUUUGUGAAGUACCUUUUGUAAAUAAAUUACUCAUAGUCCCAUUUAUCUUUUAUGUUACAGUAAAAUGGCCAAACUGACACUGUGCAAGCCAACUGAAUUAUACAACAUUCUGAAUCAAGCUACAAAAUUUUCACGGCUAGCAGAACCCAAUUAUUUGUGCCUUCUAGAUGCACGAUCUAAGCGAGAGUACAAUGAGGGUCAUAUUAUAACAGCACGGAGAACCAAGAAGGAUCAAUAUGAUAAAAACUUCAUGUUUCCAGAGUCUACAGAGCUGGACUGCUUCACAUAUUUUAUAGUGUAUGACGGACACACAAAUUCUUUGGAUGAAGAAGGUCCAGCUAUUGAAUGUGCCAGGGUCAUGGCCCAGGUCUGCCGUCUACCAGUCAUGGUGCUCAAAGGGGGCUAUGAAUUAUUUUCUGCUCAUUACCACUUCUUUAGGUCUCAGAAAGUGUUUUGGAUGCCUCAGGAAAUAGAUGACUUUAAGCCACAUCCAGUUGAGAUAAUACCGUGUUUUUUAUAUCUCGGUGAUGCUCGGCAUGGAAAUGACCUUCAUAUUCUAAAAGAUCUCAAGAUUAAAUCCCAAAUCAAGGUUUCUAUGAACCCAGUAAAUGCUUCUCUAGAAAAUGUUCACAUGCUGCAUAUUCCAACCACAGAUUCCAAUGAUUCAGACCUUUUUCAGUUUUUCCCCAAUGUGUGCACGUUUAUAGAUUCACAGAAGAAUUCUGCAGUUCUAGUAGUUUCGGAUCUGGGUAUCAGCCGCAGCAGUACUGUGCUGAUUGCAUACCUUAUGCAUUACAGAAAGUGCACGUUGAAGGAGGCAUGGGAAGAUGUCCUGAAGUGCAAAAUGAACAUGAGGCCAAACCGAGGAUUUGUGGUUCAGCUAUCAGAGUGGGAAAAAACUAUCAUGGGUCAUCACAUUACAGACAUAUCAGACCCUAAAUUUUGAUCUUCAAAGAUGCCUGCUUAAAGAAAAUAUAUUUACUGGACCUGCUCACCCGAUCAAGAUAAUGGAAAAAUAAUAGAACAAUGGGCAUGAUUAAAGUCUUUUGCUAAAA